UUGAACUUUCAGGUCUGCAGUCCCUCGCUCAUUCCCUGCAACAAGUGGACAGCUCUUUCCUUUGUGUUUUCAAACAGCAAGGGUUUCUUCGCAAGACCUACGCUCACCGUCUAUGUGAAUGUUAAUCGAGUAUUUGAGGGAGAAUUCCGAUAUCCCACCAUCAAGGAAGACCUUCUUCUGUUCCAUUAUGGAGGCUGUCCAUUAUGGGUCGAGGAGACCUGCUACUCUGGGCUCAUAUUGAGGCUACCACCCAAAGCUUUGGAUGCAAAGCCAAGCAAGGGAAAGGGGUCUGGGGUGUGGUCCAGUCUUGGUAUCGGUAGUCGUAGUGUGACGUCCAAGAAGCUUCCCGGUCUGCAACAAGUCAGCAUUGGUGGAGAACAGCUCCAAUGGGGUCCGUUAAACGCCUUUCGUGGACGUCUCUCUUAUGUUGCCGUCUUCAACGAUCCUGCCUCUGAGGCUUUCAUUCAAUGGCUAGUUCAGGGAGUUUUAUGCAUUCAGGCUGGUGCCCGUUUCAUUGGGACUGGCAGCUAUUCUGGCUGUCAUGAGUGGAAUCACGUUGUGUGCUCUCCUAAGGCGAAUCGUAUCAAAAGAUUCGAGGAGAUAAUUUUUAUGCUCACAAUUAUUUUGCAUAAGUCCGACUACAGUUCAGUGUCACCAAUAAAGAAGGUGUCUCAUCAGUAUCCCGCUCAAGGCGAGUUUUUCAGCAACCUGGAUGGAAGUAUCGCAUGA